AUGUCCACAAAGUUUGACAAGAAUGAGCAGUACUGCUCGCCCGAGGCCACGCGCUCUGGCGCCGCCCGCCACGGGUCUGGGGACAGCCUCGAAGAUGUCUUGGACGACACUGUGACGACGAUGGCGUCUGCCGAUACACUCUACCGUUUUUCGCCCCCCUCCUCGCUGCCGUCGAGCUCCUCGUUCCAUGCUUCUGCCUUCGCGCCUUCGAACUCGCCGGGUUCCUCGUCCUCCCUCACGCCCGCCUCGGCGGACCGCGAGACGCAGCCCGUCGAGGUCAUCUACAAGACAGGCAGCUGCGGAAAAGCCGCUGCAGUCCCCGGGUCUCGCGAGAUACGCACUGCAGAGGCGCACGCGAUCACCACGCAAACUUCUGCGCUGUCCUCGGCGUCCACAGGGCCCUCGACGUCGAAGCCGGCGUCAGAGAGAGCGAUGUCGGACGAUGACAGACUGCAUGCAGCCGUGGCGCCGGCGCUCGAGUCGGAGGGGACUCCCGGAGGCCGAGGCAGCCCGGCGAGUCUCGACUCCCGCGCAGAGCGCCGCAUGCAGCCGGCGGUUUUCGGCUCGCCGUCGAGCUCGACGUCCGGUUUGGAGUCUCAGAGCCUGCUGGCGAAGCCUGGCGAGGGCUCUCGCCGCUCCUCGCACGACUCUGACGCGGGCGACGACAGCGAGUUGUCACCCUUUGUCGGAGGAGACGCGCGACACAGCGUCUGUGCCUACCAGAAGACGCGAGCGGUCAUCGACAUGCACGCCGUUCGCGGCGAGCAAGAAAAACGCCGAGCAGGGACAGCCUACUCCAGCGACGAGGAGUUUGACAGCGACGAAGAAACCUUUGCAUCCCGCAGGGAUGGUAGCUCGCUCCGAGACGUCAGCAGUCGCGGAUCGAUGCGCUCCAUGGCCCGCGAGGAAGAACCGAGACGCAACCUCUGGGCCGUGACCAAGGGCAUUCACGAUGCCAUCAUGCGACGACUAGUGGUCAUCUUCUCUUUCGUCGCGGUUGUCUCCUGCUGGGAACUCACGGACGUUUGGGUUGCAGUACUAACAGAAGAAGAAUCGAUCAGCGAAUUGAUCUACUACGGCGGGAUGCUGGUCAUCUCCGUCGGGAUGACUGUCGCCGUGCAGCUCUUCAAAAACCCCUCAAACUCGUUCGUGUUCGUUCUCUCCGCCAUUUUCUCUUUCUUUGCCGCCGUCGGAGGCUGGGGCUUCUUGAGCGCGGUUGUCUAUUUUGCGGCAGGCGAGAGCGUUGUUUUGCUGAUCUUCUACUUCUUUUGUUUCUUCGCCGUCGCCGUCGCCUUUAUCAUUUGCUACAUCUGGUUUUUCGAUCCCGACUACACUGUCGAUAUCAUUGGCAGUGUCUUUUAA